AUGAAUAUUAAAUUUGGCGGGGAAUGUUUUUGUAUUCAUGGGAUAUCUCAAAUAAUUGAUAUAUUUGUACAAUGUUAUAUUUUUGGUAAAGGAUUUGUUAGUGAACCUGUGGCAAAUAUUUUAUCUAACUACAAUGACAAAGAAUAUCCAAAAUUUUUAGAAUUAUACAUAAAAUUUCAAAAUAUGCUGGUAUCAAUUUUUAGAUCAAAAAAUAUUGAUAUUGUUAAAGAAUUUUAUUUGAUAAUUGGUCCUAACAUUUAUAAACCUGAUGAAAUUAUAAAAAUACCAAUAACAUUUUGUUCAUUACACAUAGGAAAAGAAGGAAAAUGUUGUGAUGAAAAUUGUGGACCAUUAAAUGAUAAACAACAAAGAAAUCUUUAUAAAGAAAUUGUAAGUCAAUACGAUACCUUGUACUGUAAUAAGUUAAAAAAAAAUUCAAAAAUUUUUGUAUAUAUUGUUGCUGAUAAUGAAUUAAAAUCAUUUUCUAAUGACAUCGAAGAGGGGGAUGAAUUGGAGUGUUUAAAAGAAAAUAACAUUUCUAAAGUUACUGAAUUUUUAUUUGAAAAUUCAUGUAUUGGAGUGAUAAAAAAAAGUUGUAUGGUGGAAAAGCCUAUUUAUUAUCGUUGGCAGGAAUACUUUUUUUUUUAA